UAGGCGGAGAUCACCAUCAGGCUGAUAAUACAACUACGACAAUGAAGUUUUUGAUUCUUAUUGCUGCGUGCUGUUUUGCAGUUUGCCAUGCCUCAGUGGAACUUGAGAACAAAGCGGAAGACGCCGUUAAUGUAAACAGAGAAAAGAGGGAAGUCGGUUCAUUAUCCAGCAAUGUCAUACCACAAGAUGUUCAUACCACCAGGAAUAAAAGGGCUACUAUUUAUACCAACAGAAAGAAAAGGCAGACUGAAGCACUUAGUGCAGAUGAUCAGUGUAUUCGACAGUUUGGAGCCGGUUCUUAUUUUUGUCGCGCGACGUAUGAUCAACCUUUAACAGAUUAUUCAGUAAUGUGCAGAACAGGGCUUUGUUCUAAUAAUGCUGCUUUUCCCGCGUGUGUCAACGUGACGUUCGACGAAAUGACUACAUGUGGCAAUCAGAAGUGGUGUAUCGCGGGUCAGUGUGUUUUUGACGAAGAUGCCCCUGUGACAUCGUCAGAUCUGUGCCCCCAGGGUGAUUCACCAACUGUAACAUGCACUAUUUAUACACCUGAACAGUGUGAGGGAUUUAGAGUUAAUGGGAUACAAGCGGUACUUCUACGAUGCUGUGAUCACUGUAAAGAAGAAACUGCCACUACAACCACCACUACAACCCCUACAACUCCAACCACCACUACAUCCACUACGACUCCAACCACCACUACAUCCACUACAACUCCAACCACCACUACAUCCACUACGACUCCAACCACCACUACAUCCACUACAACUCCAACCACCACUACAUCCACUACAACUCCAACCACCACCACAUCCACUACAACUCCAACCACCAAUACAUCCACUACGACUCCAACCACCACAACUACAACUCCAACCACCACCACAUCCACUACGACUUCAACAAGGACAACAACGCAAAAAUGUAAUUUAUUCCGCUACCUAAAGGGUAAAUGCUCUAACAUUUCAACGAAUCAAUUGAACUGUUUACGACGUUUUUGUAGGUCUUGUCGUAAAUGUCGUUAUUUGUAUAACAGAAAGUGUCGCUCUUGCAUGAAGAGAAAUAAACGCAAACUCUGCCAACUUCUCUGGAAGUUUGAGAAGCAGUAAACGAGGAUUUUUCAUAUAAUAUAAGCUUAUUAUUUUAAGGCUACCAAAAUAGUUAUCAAAAAUAUAAAUUGAAAAAACCCCCAAAAAACAAAAUAAACAACGUAAGAUUUAGAUAAAGAGCUGUCAGUUUUCGCUAUAAUAGGCAAAUAGAGAAUCUCCUACGAGUCUUUUUAAAUUUUGAUACAAAAAAAAAAAAAUAUCAACACACGUCGAUAAAGUAAAGAAAAACAAAAAAAACGAGGCUCUGAUUUUAUUUAUCACCCAGUCUUUUCUUACGUGAACAGGGGGGGGGGGGGGUGGAUGGCUGAAUGGUUAGCACGUGCGCGCUGUAUCAUAAAGUCUGUCAUUGAGUCAGCUGGCGGGGUUUCGAUUCCCCAGUUGUACGUGACAAGGAGUAGGGUCGCCUGGCCAACCUCGUGGGUUUUCUCCGGGUCCUCGGGUUUCCUCCCACUGCUUAAGACCCCUUAUGCGCGAGCGAAUUAUGGAAAUAAAAUUGAACCAUAUGUCAGUUCCGAAAUGACCUAGUAUGUGUCGAAUGGACGUUAAACCCCAUUUCUCUCUCUCUCUUUCUCUUACAUGAACAAAUAGAUAAAUAUAAUUCUUUGCUAUAGAUUUCACUUUUACUGAACCUGAUUACAUUACAGCAUAGUGAUACAUCAUUUUUUUGACAGAAAUUCAACCAUUGCAAAGUCCUUUAUAUUGACCAAGUGUUUCCAUUAAAGUCAAUUAAAUAAAAAUAGUUCAUUAUUAAUAAAAAAAAAAGAAGUUACUUUUAUUGAAAAAUGAACUGUUCUUUGAAAAUAAAAAAAAGUAGUUCCUUUUUGAUUGACCAAUCAAAUACAUGUAAAGCGAUAUCUACUGUAGAAGGUAUUAUUGAUUGAUAAGUAUUUUUAUUUUAUUUAAAGUUGCAAUUUCAUAUUUUUACGUUACAUUUUUAAAAUUUAUUAAAAUAAAGCCAUAAAAUAGAUGGUAUCUAUAAACAGUCCUACUUUGUUAAAGAAUAAUCCUAUUAAUCCUAUAUAUCACUAUUGCCAGUUGAGAAAUUGGCAAAAAUAUCAUUUUCCUCUUCAAAUUCAAACGUUUGAAAAAAGCUACUCCAUGGUGGAGAAUAGAAAACAAGGGAGGUAAUUUGGAGGUAAUUGUGUUAUUAUUUCCGGUGUAAAUGAGUUUUAAGUGUGAGAAUGACACCUAUGAUCGUUUAAUAGUGAGUUGACAACCUAUUGAGCAAAAGACAUAGAAAUAAUUAUGUUUUGACUUUCUUAGAAAAUAUGAAAUUGUAACUUUAAAGAUACAAUAUGUAAGAUUUAGAUAAAGAGCUAACCAUUCUUGUUAUAAUAGCUCCAAAUAUAGAUAAUGUAAAAUGAAAAUAUUGAAAAUUUCAUUUUAAUUACUUCAUUCUGAGCCAAGGUAUCACUGUUUGUAGUUUUGACAGUAUGUGUGCACUGUGGUAACCAGGGCACUGGUAUAUUCGAGAUUUAGCCUCGCUUUUCAAUUAUUAAACUUUUAAAUGGCGAACCGUUCUAAUCUAGUUAAAAUCUCGAGUAUCCGAUGCCAUCAAGAGUUUUGUUAAUUAAUGUCUAAUUAAUAAUUAAUAUAACAUUUAAGGCCCAAAGAAGGACUUGCAAUAGGCAUAUUUAACUCUUGUAAAAUGCAUGUUUAAGUGAUUUAAAAAUAAAAAUUGAAAAUAAAUUCUAUAGUGACUUAAAGGGCAGUAACAUGUUUAUACUAACAAUUCUUUAACGACGCAAUAUUUCAGAUUUAGAUAAAGAGCUGACAGUUCUUGCUAUAAUAGUUAAAUAUAAAUAAAUUCUAUUCUAACAAAUUCUUUAAAGACGCGAGACGCAGUUUUCGCUAUAAUAGUUAAAUAUGAAUAAAUGAAAGGGGAAUAUCUUAAAAAUUUCAGUCAAAUUACUUCAUAUUGAGCGGCGUUAUGGCCGUUUGAAGAACAGUGUAGUCUACCCUUAUUACGAUAAUAAAUAAAAUCUCGAUUAUCA